AUGAACGACUGUGACUGGACUUCGGAGGAGAGUGACGACUCUGAUGCACUCUCACCACUGCAGCCAUUAGUAAUAUGGUCAAGCAGAAGGUCAACCGCGUGUCCUCCACCGCCAACUGCACCAUCUUAUAGUACACCGUACUCAGCUCUUCACCACGUAUACCUCAAUAGUGGUAAUCAAGUAGCCACAUCAGAAUUCUCCUCUUCCCAUUUUUGUCUUCAGAAUACCGCAUUCAGCCCUUGGAAAUCACGAACAUCUUGCGCCGGUGUUCCUCAAGAUCAUGGACCCAAGGACAUGGUGACAGAUAAAAUCAGGGACCCUCGACCAGAAAUCCAGAGGAACAAGGAUACAAAGACCAGUGAUGCUUCAAAUACAGCUGUCGAAAACCCAUGUUUGGAUUCCUUGACAUCGGCAAUGGACAAGGAUCAAAUUUCGCAAGGUAACAGUACCCCAACCGUUAACUGCUAUCGUGAACCCGUUUCAGAUCAGUACACAGGCUACGAGGAAGUAGCGUUUCACACUGAAUAUGUAUCUUCUCCAGUGGCUAGUCUACCCGCGGAUUCCGAUCAUCACGAUCUUGAAAUAAACAACACUCAUCACACGUCUGAACCUUUUUCUGAGAAAGUUUGUCAACUUCAAUCUGACCUUCUCCAACCAGAAAAUACACUCUGCGAAAAAGCCGGAAAGUCCCUUGAUCGCCAGCCCGAUAGGCUUGAUCGCGAACUUUCACAUCUUGGAGAAAAGCAAUAUAGAUGUAAGCAUUGCGAUAAAUCUGUUUCUACUCCGUCUUGCCUAAGUUCUCAUGAAUGUACACAUCCAGAAGAGAAAUCGUUAAAGUGUAAAGAGUGUGACAAAAUGUUCACCACGCGACAUAAUCUUACCCGACAUGCACGACUUCACUCAGUAGGCAAAGCGUUUCCGUGCAAGUACUGCGCAAAGCUAUUCGGUGACAAAUACGGCCUACAUGUUCAUGAACGUAUCCAUACCGGGGAGAAGCCGUUCAGGUGUGGUUACUGUGAUCAAAUGUUUCGCCAUAAUACCGAUCUUAGAGUUCAUGAACGUAGCCAUACUGGAGAGAGACCAUAUAAGUGUAAAUCGUGCGAUAAGUCAUUCACGGUGAAAGAAAAUCUCACGGUACAUCAGCGCAUCCAUACUGGAGAAAGACCAUACAAGUGUAAAUCAUGCGAGAAGUCAUUCACGAAAAAAUCAGAUCUCACCCGGCAUCGACGCAUCCAUACUGGAGAGAGACCAUACAAGUGUAACUUGUGUAACAAGUCAUUCAAGACGAAAUCAAAUCUCACCGUGCAUCAACGCAUCCAUACUGGAGAGAAACCAUACAAGUGUAAAAAAUGUGGCAUGGCAUUUCGGGAAAUGUCAACUCUCAAAUAUCAUCAACGAAUCCAUACUUGAGAGUAACCAUUUUCGUGUAAGGACUGUGGAAAGUCUUUCACUAAGAAAUCCAGCCUAAUACGUCAUGAGUGGAUCCAUCCCUGAGAGAACCUGAUCAUGUGCAAUCGAUUGUGACGAGAUUUCAAUGCGAAAAAGAAACAUGGAAGACCAUAGAAAUACAAAACACAGAAAACAGCAAUAUCGUUUCAAGAUGAUGGGAAAUGCUUUGAACCUAUCAAAGAGCGUUUAAAACAUUAUUCCUUGUUUAUGCUUCAAACGCUUCAAACUCUCUAACUCGUUUUCUUAUAGGCAUUUUUUGGUAACUGUUCAGUUUUAGUUAUUGCUCUGCGUGCACCGUCUUAUC